AUGGCCGCCUCCCAGCCAGCAGCAGACGUGAUGAACACAGGCGAAGAAAUGAACUCUAUAUUGGACUCUACUGAGUGUUUGGCCACAGAAAAUGGAGGGGAAAUCGGAGGGAAGGACUCGGGUAAAAUUAAACCACCAGAAGCGGAGGAGCCGUUCAAGAAACCGGCUCUUUUUGCGGCGCCUUCCCUCGCCUCGAAACGCAGCAAUGUCGCUGCUCCGUCCAAACCCACCCCUGAAAAUAAGGCUAGUGGUGAAGGCAAAACAUCGGGAAAAGACCAAGAACAGGACAAAAAGUCCGAAAGGGAUAAAAUCAAAGCAGAAGUUAAACCUCGAGUGAUUCCUGCUAAAGCCCCCAAAAUUAGUAAUUUCCCCCCUCUCCCUUACACCGAGCCUCCCUGGGGUGGCACCACUUCGGAUACCCCGUACGCUCUUGAAAUCCUCAAAAACGGCACCAUAGUGGACCAGGUACCCCUGGUGGAUAAGAGCUACUUUGUGGUUGGACGUUUACCUGUGUGUGACCUGUCCCUGGAGCACCCCUCUAUCUCCAGGUACCACGCAGUGAUUCAGUACCGCGGAGAGGCCGAGGAGGAGGCGGGCUGUAUGGGAGAGGAGAAGGGCUUCUACAUCUACGACCUGGACAGCACGCACGGCACUGUGGUGAACAAGAACAAGAUCCCACCGAAGACCUACAUCAGAGUCCGAGUGGGACACGUGUUAAAGUUUGGAGGGAGCACGAGGCUUUUUAUCCUGCAGGGUCCAGAGAUUGACGAGGAAGAGGAGUCUGAACUGACAGUGACAGAGCUGAGGGAACAAGCUCGUAAACAGAAGGAAGAGCUGGAGAAGAGGAUGAUGGGAGAUGGUUCUGAUGAGGAAGAGGAAGAAAAGGAGGAGGGCGAAAACAAGGGCGAUAGCAGAGUGUCAAGUGAAGACUCGGGCUGUUUGUGGGGAAUGGCCGAAGAAGCAGCUCCAGAGGAAGAUGAGAAUGAGGAAAAUCCCUUUUCAACAGAGUUUCACGAAGACCAGGAAGCAGCCUACCUGAAGGACCCCAAGAAGGCUCUGCAGGGCUUUUAUGACAGAGAAGGGGAGGAGCUGGAGUUCGAAUAUGAAGACAAGAGCCACGGCACUUGGCUUUGUAGAAUAAAGCUGCCGGUGGACGAUGCUAUGGGGCGUCAGCUAGUUGCAGAGGUGACCCACCAAGGAAAGAAGAAAGAAGCCGCCAUCCAGUGCUGCCUGGAGGCGUGUCGAAUGCUGGAAGCCAGAGGGCUGCUGCGCCAGGAAGCAGUGUCCCGUAAGCGGAAGAAGAAGAACUGGGAAGAAGACGACUACUAUGACAGUGAUGAUGACACCUUCCUGGAUAGAACCGGCACUGUGGAGAGGAAGAGGCAGGAACGAAUGAAGAAAGCGGGAAAAAUUGAGGAGCGGCCUGAGACCUAUGACUCACUGGUGGCCAAACUCGCAGAGGUGGAGAAGGAGUUGGCAGAGACUCAGAAAAAGCUCAGUGCUGCAAAAGGAGAGUCUUCGGCGUCAUCCGCUGACGACUCGUUGGAGGCCUUCAUGACCGCAGUGAAAAGCGAGGUAGCGAUGGACGCCGUGGUGCGCAGGAAGCUUCACGUGCACGUGGCCGACUUGCGCAGAGAUGCUCAGAGGCUCCGCAAACUGGUCGAGCUCACGCGGCCAGCGCAGAUGCCCUCACUGCUGCCCAGCAGCAGUUCAGAGACGCAGAAGUCGAAAAAGACCCUGCCGUUGUUCGGAGCCAUGAAGGGAGGGAGCAAAUUCAAACUGAAAACUGGCACCAUUGGGAAGCUGCCUCCUAAGCGGCCUAACCUGCCUGCUGAGCUCUUCAACAUGAAAGAACUUCCACCUGGUGGGGAAGAGGAGGAGGAGGAGGACGAGGAGGAGAAGGAGGAGGAGGCGGCAGAGGAAAAUAUGGAUAAUGAUGAACUAUAUGGUGAAGGCAUUGCAGAGUCCAGUGCAUCCAUAUCUAAAGACACAUCUCCCUCUGGGAAUCAAACAGAUCAACUCAAGCAGCUGAAAGAUCAAAGCCACAAACGGCAGAGGAGGAGCCGGGAGUCUGCUGAAGCAGUGGAGCAGGUUCCCAAGCGCAGCAGCAACAAGCCGGCGGCCCCUCCGAGUCCAGAGUCCAAAUCUGAAGGUGACAGAGAGCCAACGGCAGACCCCAGCCUCAAGAAAAAGAAGAGCGCAAUGGGCCCCAGCAGGCCUCCUGUGCAGCUGUCAACACAAUAUCCAGAGGAUGACCCUGAUUAUUCUGUGUGGGUGCCCCCUGCAGGUCAGACUGGAGAUGGGCGCACACACCUAAACGACAAGUACGGCUAUUGAGGGGGGGACAUAACAGAGCUCCUCUGUUUCCACUGCAGCACAAAGCCUCCAGUCUCCUUAACUCUGACCAUUAACCCCCUCCAACCCAUCCCAGCCCUUGCUUAACAAAACAGGAGCCUGUAACAGAGCAGGGAUGGGCUGAGAUGGUAACGCUGCACAUUUUUAUUUCUCUCUUGAGGAGAUUCUCCAAAAAGCACACUGUUUGAGUUCACAUUAAACGGGCGGAGUGGACUCUGGGCAGUCAGCCUGCUGGCACUUGUCGCCUCUGAUAAUAAUGGAGAUGGGUAGCACUUGAAAUUUGUCCUUUUUUAAAUAGAAAUUUUUAAAAUUCUAUAUCAUCUGAGCAGAAAAUAGGAGGAGACAGAGCAAGAGCAGCAGCUGAUCCAAAUUCAGCUUUCUAGUUUUUGGCUGCUCUUCUUGCAGUUAAAUCCACCUGACAUCCAAUCUGUAUCCCUCCCCUGUUUGGCUUCAGUCACUCGCUGGCAUAACCUUUUAUUUUAUUUUUUUCCCUCCAAAGGAGUGUGUGUAGCAGGGAGGGAGAAAGAGGGAGAGCAUUGAAGCAGCUUUUCUGACCAUCUGGACACUUGGAUGGCUUACUGGAUGAAACGCAAGCUGAUAAUGACUCAAGCUAAGUGGAGUGUGUGUAUGUGUUUGUAUCAGCGCACACACACAGAGCCCAACCUUCUCAAAGUUCUUUUUUUUUUUUUUUUUUAACAAGAUUGUCUUUAUGAGCGAGUCAGUGGUUGGUGUGUGUUUGCCCGGAGCAGGAUUCCUCGCUCUGCAAAAUCCCACUCAGUGCUGUUCUCUUGGUUUCCUGCCACACUUUCCACCCUCUUUCCUGUUGUCUGUCCACAAAACGCGAUUUAAUAAACUGUAUUUUGUUACAUAAAUGUAUAAUAAAAUUGU